CCCGUUCCCACCUCUGACGCCCCGGAUACCACGCGACCGCUCUACUCCAUUCGCGCUACGCGGAUCUCAUCCUAUCUCCAAUUCCAAACAGUUUCUCGUCGGGGACUCCCUAGAUCAGGUCUUACACUUGACUAUCCGUGGAUACUCAGCUUCAGUCGUCGGCCAUAGCGGGUUUGGCACACGAUUGCAGAGGGCCGGAGGCCGUGGCCUCUGUGGGUGUUGUUGCAUGAAGCCACCCCGUUUCUCACAUCGUCAGGAGACCAUCCCUUUCGCCACGAUUACCAUCCCAAAUGCUUCCGAUACACUCGUUCUCGUCCAAAGGCAAGAUGGAGCGGUACCCGUAUACCAAUGGCCACACGGGUGCCUACCCCAUGGGAGGCAAAUCCUUUUCCAUUCAUCCAAAUAGAUUCCAGCCUCGAUCGCACACAGCUUUACGGAGAAGACGCGGUUUCUUGAUACGACUCGCCGCCCUCGCCUCGUUGGGCUUCCUCCUCCUCCUCCUGAUAUUCCCCUCGCUUCGAUACACCCUCCUUCCCGCCGUUUCGCUCGGCCUGUUUUCCGGCACCCCUGACCUCCAGCUGGAAACCGUACGAUAUUACGACUUGAGCAACGUUCAAGGCAGCGCGCGAGGAUGGGAGCGCGAGGAGCGCAUCCUCCUGUGUGCACCGCUUCGUGACGCAGCACCUCACCUCCCCAUGUUCUUCAGCCACCUCCGAAACUUGACGUACCCGCACAAGUUGAUCGACCUCGCCUUCCUCGUGGGCGACUCGAAAGACAACACUAUGGACUUGCUUACGGAAUUGUUGGAGGGGUUACAGGACGACCCAGACCCGAAGCAAACGUUCGGCGAGAUCAGCAUCAUGGAGAAAGAUUUCGGCCAGAAAGUGGAUCAAGAUGUCGAGUCCCGACACGGAUUUGCGGCGCAAGCGGGUCGACGGAAGAGUAUGGCGCAGGCACGGAAUUGGUUGCUGAGUGCGGCGCUGAGGCCCGUUCAUAGCUGGGUGUACUGGAGAGAUGUGGAUGUGGAGACGGCGCCGUUUACGAUCCUAGAAGAUCUAAUGCGUCACAAUAAGGAUGUGAUUGUCCCCAAUGUUUGGCGACCCCUCCCCGACUGGCUAGGCGGCGAGCAACCAUACGAUCUGAACUCUUGGCAAGAAUCGGAUACGGCGUUGGAGCUUGCUAAGACGUUGGAUGAAGAUGCUGUCAUUGUCGAAGGAUACGCGGAGUAUGCGACAUGGCGACCCCAUUUGGCCUACCUCCGAGACCCAUAUGGCGAUCCCGACAUGGAGAUGGACCUGGAUGGAGUUGGGGGUGUCAGCAUCCUUGCAAAGGCUCGCGUCUUUAGAACCGGAGUCCACUUUCCCGCGUUCAGCUUCGAGCGACAUGCAGAAACCGAAGGGUUUGGAAAGAUGGCCAAGCGCAUGAAAUACAGCGUCGUGGGGCUUCCGCACUAUACCAUCUGGCAUCUCUAUGAGCCCUCCGUCGAUGAUAUUCGGCAUAUGGAAGAGAUGAAGGCCGAGCUUGAAGAGGAGCGGAAGAAAGAGCAGGAGGAGAAAGAACGGAUUGAAAAGAUCCAAGAUCAGUUCGAGACCUCGGACGGGCAAUGGAAAGCAGACAUGGCAGUCAUUAAAGAAGUGCAGAGGGAGGAGGAAAACGCUCAGAAGGCAAAGGAGGACGCUCAGAAGGCAAAGGCGGUCCGCGAGGAAUCGGAGACGCGCGAGGCGGAGAAGUUGCCGGGGAAAAGGCGCUCAAACCAGCCGGGAGCCGCGGCAGGGCCAGAGGAUAAUGAUGAUGGUCAGGACGAUGCAUCGAACGAGCUGGAAAAGCCGGGAUCGGGUUGAGGAAACGUGGUAGAAGAGAAGGACUAGGAUUCCUUUGGAAUGUAAUAUUUACUGUUCUCAUGAUGCAUAUCCCGGGUUCACAAUCAUCCGGUCGCCUGGACUGCAUCCGAACCGUUUGUUUCGCCGAAUAUCCAUUAUUUAGACAGCACUGCAAAACGGCGUAACAAAGGAAAGCACUGAAUGUGCAUAUCAUGUCGUGGGUUUGGUUUCAUCCAGCAGCUUUCAUCGGGGGUCGCUGAGGAGUCUGUCCCGUCUGACAUUGGGACUCAGCUGGACUGGGCGAUCACGGCGAUCAAGGCGUUCAUCGGGUACAUGGGGCUCAUUGGAGAUAGGAAUCGGAAUGUUGCACCGUUUGGAAAGCUAUUGAUCAAC